GAACUGGGCAUGCUGCAAAAAGACCUAGUAUUGCAUCAUUAUUACAGAUUUGACUAGAUAGAUCAUUAUUUGGACUUCCAAGAGAGAUAUUUUUAUUAGAUAUAGACCUCUAGAUCUAAUAUUGAAUAUGUUUGUAUUCAGUAAUUUUAAGAAAUUGAUUGUGUCGUGCUCAGUUUAUUAAAAUCAAAGACCUUUUCUCAAAAGCACAAAAAUCCUGAUGAAUAUUUUAUAAUUUUUGUUUUCUCUUUGGGGAUACCUUAAGAAUCGACAUUGCGUAAUAGUUUAUUCUUGUCGAAAAUCCUGCCAAUUUCGUAAGCUAUCAUUUGUCCUGUGGAUGGAGAUAAGCUAAUUGCCGCCAUGAACUUCACAUCCUUCCAAUUGCCAUGUCUCCUGAGACAUCAACUUCUUCGGUCCUACCGGUCAGUACUGAAAAGACCACACUGCUCCACUUGCUCAACCUGCCAAAGACCACACCAAGGUGCAAGUACUCCAAGACUGCCAAGGAACUCCAGCACAGUGUCAUCGGUUCAUCGUGGAACCAUUGCAACGUUACCUGCCGCGACUUCACCAGUGACUUUGCUUGCUAGAGAUUUCAGUGAUAGGGUGGGGCCAGGACUAAUUGGACAAUCUGGACCAAUGGACAUUGUGGGGUCAAGGGCCAUUGUGGGGUCAAGGGCCUUAGUGGGGUCAAGGGCAACGGGUGGAUCCUUGCAGCUUGGCGGAGGUGAGCACGUGCUGUUUGUGCCAAGCAGAGACUUCAUGAAUCUCUUUGGCUCCUCACAGCCUACCGAGUGGGCUAAAGCGAUAUCGGAAGCCGAGAAGGUGGUGGGAUACUCCACCUCGUUCAUGAGCCUUCGCUGUCUGCUGAGCGACGAGCUGGCCAAUGUUGCCUUGCACAUGAGGAAACUUGUGGGUGCCAAGCAUCCACUGCUCAAAACAGCCAAGAAUUUUCUAACUGAUGGCAAGCACAGUCUGCAGACCAGAGGCCUGAUCAUCCUUCUCAUAUCCAAGGCAGCUAGUACUUCCACUCACCAGGCCCCCGGAGACUCUGGGACCCACCGCCUUGAUGAUACUCCGGACCAGCAAGCCCCCAUCGACAGCAAGCAAGUGCCACCAUCAGGAGGGAUCUAUGCAAGUCAAAGGGCAUUGGCUGAAAUCUCUGAAAUGAUCCACACCGCCUUCCUGGUCCACCGAGGGGUCGUUAACCUUCUGAACCUUGACCCUGCCACUGGACCAAUCAACGUCAUGGAGAUGGGAAACAAGAUGGCUGUCCUCAGCGGGGACUUCCUCCUGGCCAGCGCUUGUAAGGCCCUUGCAGGUCUGCGCAACACGACCGUUGUUGAACUUAUCUCCAAGGCUAUCGGGCAUUUGACGGAGGCUGCCUUUAUGAGAUUUGGAAACGCUGACUUGAGUCCUAUCGCGACGAUCCAGCCUGGUUUGACUUUCUUGGACUGGGAGAGGUAUGUGUAUCUUUCAUCGGGCACCCUGAUUGGCCACAGCUGCAGAGGAGCGUUAGAACUCACCAAUCACAGCCAGGCUUUGACAGAGAGUGCCUAUGACUUUGGCAAGAACAUUGCAUGGGCCCAACAGCUUCAUACAGAGCUGCAACCCUUUGUAUCCAGCUCAUCGCCCAGAGGUGACAUUGAUCUUACAUCUGCUCCUGUAUUGUUGUACUUGGAGUCUGGUCAAGGUCAAAGGUCAGAGGUCAACUCAUCACGUAAACCAGAUAUCAAGAAGCUGAUGCGUGAGAUUCGUCAGAGCCCCGCCCUUGAUAAAGCUAAGAGUCUCUGUCUCAACUACUCUGACACUGCUCUCCAAGGUCUCUCAGCAUUCCCAGCAUCAGACUCAAGGACAGCCCUCCAGAAUAUGGUCCAUGCGGUGAGGAUAUGAACAAAAGCCUUCGGCUUGAUUGAGAUACAUUGAGUUUUCUGUGCCUCUGUAACCUUGAAAUAAUCUACAGGUUCCUGCAGCAUCAGACCCCAGAACAUCUCACCAGAACAUGGUCUGUGCAAUGAGAAUAAGAAGAAGAGCCCAAGUGCCUAUCAAGGUCAGUGUCUUUUGUCUCUGUAUUGAAGAUGCUCUCCAAGUCUGCUCGAAAUCAGACUCCAGGACCACUUUCAUAAACAUGGUUCCUGCAGUGAAGAUUCAGAUCUUGGAAUUUGGAAUUCGGGAUAUGAAAAAUAGCCCCAGCCUUGAUCCUGACUGAGGCCUGUGACCUUUGUGGAGUUGAUGCUGUACAAUCUUCUCUGCAGUCGCAUCACCGUCGCAUCACCAGACUCCAGAACGGCCCUCCAAAAUAUUGUCCUUGCGGGGAGGAUAAGAACAAGAGCCCUACGCUUGAUGUAAUUACAAGCUCUCCCAGGAGUUCCCAACAUCAUUGUCAAGAACGUCCCUCCAAACAAGGUUCACUGUUAACUCAUAUCCUGCCAUAAGGCUGCUUGCACGCAACCGUUAUAGUGCUUUGUACACGCGAGCGUGCUAUUGAUUGGUUGCUUCAUUCAUGCGAGCGAGCUACCGCUUAUCUGCUUUGUGCAUGCAUGCUCGCAUUCGUAAUAGCAGUUAUUGUUUGUGCCCAUUGCACUGUGCCUAGUGUUUCACACGUGCUGUUGAUAGUACCAUCGCGUAAAUCCGGUUAUCUAAAAAUUAACUUGGCACAUGGGGAUUUGAGGCUUGGCACAAUGGGGAUUAGCCCCCUGUGCAUUAGGCUGUAUUCAUUAUGGCAGGAUAAGAGUUAAGGCAACUCUGGCAAUGCUCUCCAUGUCCUUUCUUUGUUGCCAGCAUGGGAUUUAAGGACGAUUCUGUGCAAUGUGUCCUAUACAAAGUAUAACAUUUUUCCACAUAUUUUAUCCAUGAAUAAAAAAUUUCUUGAUAUGACUAUGACUAAUGGCAAUGAUACCAGAAAGCACUAUUACUCUUUGGUCAUCUUAAGAUAUCCUUUACUUUUGGAUGCAAUAUAUUGUGAAAAAAGACGUAUUCAGGAAACAUUGCACAGAAUCACCCAAACACGGUUUUAAACAUGGUCUGUACCAUUGGGUUACAUGUAGAAUUUGUCUGUCGCUUAAUAACGAAAUGUAGUGGCACAACAAUAGGCGGUAGAAAUGCAGAAGUAGUAAUAGUUAGGGAUGUUGGUGACAUAUUAAACAGUUCUCAUUUGACACAUGGAAAAAAAUAAUUACAAAAUUUUGGCGGCUACUUUUCAAGCUUGCUUGCAUGAAAAUAACACUCUUUAAUUUGUUUUGCAUUGAACUCUAUGCACAUUUUUGGGGACUCUUUUAUGACUUUCGAGGGGCUCUUUUCGGCAUUUUGGGGGCUAAUUUGCCUCGAACGCCAGCGAACUUUUCCCCCUGAUUUGACAUAUUCUGAAUGAAUAUUAGCUAAUGGUUAGCCUAAUCAAGGAAAUCAUAUUUACCAGCCUAAUAUCCUAAUGAAAUGCCACUGCAUUUUGCUAUUAGUGAUUUCAAGGUUAAUAUUUCUCAUUUUACAUUGUGGUAAUGAUGAACUUCAACUGAGAAAGCAUGUAAAUCUUUUCAGCCUGUAUUCCACUCUGUACUUAAAUUAACUUGGUAUUUUACUUGGCAUUUAGCUUAGCUACAUUGUAAGUAAGUAAAAUGGCUCAAUUUUUACUCAGACCACAUGACUGCCAUGUCUAAGUCUGCUAGGGAGCUGUCUGAAACUUGGUGUAUAGUAUUUAGUCAAAGGCUUCAAGUGAAUACAAAUACAAAGUUUGCUUAGUAUUUUAUCAUAACCAAUAGCUGAGUGAAAAAUUGUCACAUUUCAGACAAAGUAUUAGAUAGAAUACUGGCCUAGAAAUUUAUAGUGCAAAUUCUCAGGAGUUUAUGUGUGUGUUUUCAUAUUAAAUCUUAUAUGAGUACUAAGUGUAUUUUAAGAUAUCUACACUGUAAGUUGGGCAGGUCCAAGCAAUUCUUCCCUCAGGUGUAAACAAUUAGGUAUAUUUGAAUGUAGAAAAUAUAUACAUGUACAGUAUGUCAUUUUAACCCAUAGCAGUUCAGAAUUUUCUAAAGGUCUUAAUGAAUUAGCUUCAAAGUUUCUAAUAUUUGCAGAUCAGUAAGGUACCAAUUGCGUAAUAUCGGUUUUAUUCGUAAAUAUUUGUCCAAGUCUGCCACCGAAAAAUUAGUACAUGCUCUGAUUUCCUCCUGUCUUGAUUUUGGCAAUGCCCUCCUAAUCAAUCUACCCCAGAAUCUACUGUCCAAACUCCAGAAGCUUCAAAACGCUGCAGCUCGUAUUGUUUCUCUGACCACCAAGCGUACCCACAUUUCCCCAGUUUUGCAGUCGCUACACUGGC